AUGCAGGGCUUCCCCGGAGGAAGCGUGGGCCGCAGGCUGUCCCCUGUGGACAGGCAAUCCCUCCUGGUCUGCAGCUUUAUCCUGGCAGUAGCUUUGGGCCAAAUGAAUUUCACAGGUGACCAGGUUCUUCGAGUCCUGGCUAAAACUGAGAAGCAGCUUUCACUGCUCAGGGAUCUGGAGGGCCUGAAGCCGCAGAAGGUGGACUUCUGGCGUGGCCCAGCCAGGCCCAGCCUCCCUGUGGAUAUGAGGGUUCCUUUCUCUGAACUGAAAGACAUCAAAGCGUAUCUGGAGUCUCAUGGCCUUGUUUACAGCAUCAUGAUAAAGGACAUCCAGGUGCUGCUGGAUGAGGAGAGAGAAGCCAUGGCAAAAUCCCGCCGGCUGGAGCGCAGCACCAGUAGCUUCAGUUACUCCUCUUAUCACACCCUGGAGGAGAUAUAUACCUGGAUCGACAACUUUGUAACUGAACAUUCAGAUAUUGUCUCAAAAAUUCAGAUUGGCCACAGCUUUGAAAAUCGGUCCAUUGUGGUUCUGAAGUUCAGCACUGGAGGUUCUCAGCGCCCGGCCGUCUGGAUCGACACUGGAAUCCACUCCCGGGAGUGGAUCACCCAUGCCACCGGCAUCUGGACUGCCGGGAAGAUUGUCAGUGAAUAUGGCAAAGACCGCAUCGUGACAGACAUACUGAAUGCCAUGGACAUCUUCAUGGAGAUUGUCUCCAACCCUGAUGGGUUUGCUUAUACCCACAGCAUGAACCGCUUGUGGCGGAAGAACAAGUCCAGCAGACCUGGAAUCUUCUGCAUUGGUGUGGAUCUUAACAGGAACUGGAAGUCAGGCUUUGGAGGAAAUGGUUCUAACCAUAACCCCUGCUCAGAGACUUAUCAUGGGCCCUCCCCUCAGUCAGAGCCAGAAGUGGCUGCUAUUGUGGACUUCAUCACGUCCCACGGAAACAUCAAGGCUCUGAUCUCCAUCCACAGCUACUCUCAGAUGCUCAUGUACCCCUAUGGCCACUCUCUGGAACCUGUUUCACACCAGGAGGAGUUGCACAGUCUUGCCAAGAAUGCAGCGCAGGCCCUGCAUGCGGUUCAUGGGCUCAAGUACGUUUAUGGCAGCAUCAGCAACACCCUCUAUGUGGCCAGCGGGAUCACUGUUGACUGGGCCUAUGACAGUGGCAUCAAGUACUCAUUCAGCUUCGAGCUCCGUGACACGGGGCAAUAUGGCUUCCUGCUGCCGGCCACACAGAUUAUCCCCACAGCCCAGGAGACGUGGAUGGCCGUUCGGACCAUCAUGGAGCACACGCUGAAUCAUCCCUACUGACAGCACUGCUGAGGGCAGAGCCAGAGGAUGACCCUGGAGGGGACAGUGUUUGAUGUGAAGGAGUGGAUCUCCAGUGGCGGCGUUUCUGGCACCUUGAGCGAGAGAUGUGUCUCCCCAUGAAUCUUUUGCGUGUUUAAUCCUGUCUUAUUGACCGACAGCUUCUUGGAAAACUUGAGAGAGCACAAGCAGGCACCAGGUGCU